GGGUUUACAGAAAAUAAUAUUUUUAUCUCUAGAUUUUGUCCCCUUUUGUGGUAGUUGUACUUCACAUGCUACAAGCCUAUAACGGUUUCAGAGAGCAAAAGCGCACACAAACGCCCUCUGCAGAGAAAACAUAGGAAGCCAUUGACCCUCCAUGGCUGUGGCAUCGUCUCUUGCUCUAUCAGGGCUUGCAAGUUUCCAACUUUGUUGUUGUAACACCUUGUUGAGGGUGAAGAACAGUGAUUUUGGAUUAAGUUUGGAGAAUUAUCAUCACAAGAGAGCAGCAACAACCAAAUGGCGGUUCCUCCUUGGUGGGGUUUCUGUGUUGCAUGUUGAGAAUCCAUGGAAGCCAGCUAGGAUAAUGGUACAGCAUGUUGUUCAUAAUGAUCAAUUGGGUGGUGAUGUUGUAUCUCAGGGAUUGCAUAAGGAUUUGGGUUCUCUUCCAAAGCCUUUGUCCAUAUCCGAUAUUGUGGCUGCUUCCGAUGAUAGUGCUAAAGUGCGAAUAUCAUAUAAGGGAAUACCUGGAUCAUACAGCGAGGAUGCUGCACACAAAGUGUAUCCUAAUUGUGAAACAGUUCCUUGCCAUGAUUAUGAAGCUGCCUUUAAGGCUGUUGAAUUGUGGAUUGCUGACAAAGUUGUUGUUCCAAUAGAGAAUUCAUCCGGGGGAAGCAUCCAUCGAAACUAUGAUUUACUUCUUCGUCAUAGGCUGCACAUUGUUGCUGAGGUGCAGUUGGCUACUAAUCUCUCACUUUUAGCUUUGCCAGGUGUCAGAGUAGAGUACUUGAAACGAGUUCUAAGUCAUUCCCAGGCACUUGAAUUGAGUGAUAAUUUCUUGACUAAACUAGGUGUUGCCAGAGAAAAUGUUGACGAUACAGCUGGUGCUGCUCAGCAUGUAGCUUUGGAUGGUCUAUAUGAUGCCGGUGCAAUUGCAAGCAUUCGAGCUGCAGAAAUUUAUGGUCUUAAUGUGCUUGCAGAAAAAGUUCAGGACGAUGGUGAAAUCAUCAGUCGUUAUCUCGUGCUUGCCAGGGAUCCAAUAAUUCCGAAAUCUGAUAAGCUAUUUAAGACAAGCAUUGUGUUUACACUGGACGAGGGUCCUGGGGUACUGUUUAAGGCGUUGGCAGUAUUUGCCUUAAGAGAUAUAAACUUAACCAAGAUUGAAAGUCGCCCACAACGAAAUCGGCCAUUAAGAGUUGUUGAUGAUUCGAACACUGGGAGUGCCAAGUAUUUCGACUACCUUUUCUACAUUGAUUUUGAGGCGUCUAUGACUGAGCCCCGAGCACAAACCGCUUUAGGACAUCUGCAGGAAUUCGCCACAUUUCUUCGGGUGCUGGGCUGCUAUCCUAUGGAUACAACCAUAUGAGUCACAGCUAUCCGUGUUUAUUGCUGAAUUUUCAAUGGAUAUCAUCAUACUCAAGCCUAAAAUGCCGGAAUUUCCAAGAGCAUUCGGAGCUAACUGAUGGUCUGAACAUACAAUACAGCGAUGCAAACGGUCGAUUGUGAUCUUAGACAUUGCAAAAGAAUGAACAGAGGUAUAAGGUUUUAAACAUGUAUGUAAUAUGUAGUAUAGCUUCAAUUCUAUAGCAUUAAAAAGCAUAAACAAGAGCAACAGUGAAUGUAAAAUGAAAAAAUCUGCUAACGUAUUCUUUGUUUCAUAGUGAAUUCACCAUAAUCAGUAAAAACAUGAUUUGUUAGCAUCUCAUACCUUGCCU